UUUCAUGUGUGACGUCAGAGCUGAUGUUUGAGCUUUGCUCCUCGCGAGCUCCCUGGCCUGUAGGAGCUCUUCUACGCUGCUGUCAGUGUGGGACUCCGUUCUGGCUCCACGAUGAACGGAGGACGCUGCUGAGAGGAGCUGCAUCCAUGCUGCCCGGGUCUAAUUGGGAGGAUCUUCUGUAAUCUUGGAUUUUAUUUAUUUUUCCUGGGUUUCAAGUCGAAUAAGUGGGAGUUUUUUUAUAUUGUUUAUCAGCACGAACUUCACCGGAGGUUCGAAGAAAUACUGGCUCGUGGGAAUACCGACUGGGAAGACUGGUGAAAUUAGAGGAUGGGGAGCCGGGGCCACUACCGGUACCACUGGCAGAGCCAUAAUGUCAAACAGAGUGGAGUGGACGACAUGGUCCUACUCAGCAAGAUCAAUGAGGACGCCAUUGUGGACAACCUCAAGAAGAGAUACAUGGAUGACUACAUCUUUACAUACAUCGGUCCGGUGCUCAUUUCUGUCAACCCCUUCAAACAGAUGCCAUAUUUCGGAGACAAAGAAAUUGAGAUGUAUCAGGGUGCGGCUCAAUACGAGAACCCCCCUCACAUCUACGCCCUGGCGGAUAACAUGUACAGGAACAUGAUGAUUGACCGGGAGAACCAAUGUGUCAUCAUCAGUGGGGAGAGCGGUGCAGGGAAGACUGUAGCAGCAAAGUACAUCAUGGGCUACAUCUCUAAAGUGUCUGGAGGUGGACCCCGAGUGCAGCACGUCAAAGACAUCAUCCUGCAGUCCAACCCGCUGCUGGAGGCCUUCGGAAACGCCAAAACUCUGAGGAACAACAACUCCAGCAGAUUUAAACCAACUGCUGUGAUCCAACAGGGGAAAUACUUUGAGAUCCAGUUCAGCUCUGGUGGCGAACCAGAUGGAGGGAAAAUUUCAAACUUUCUUUUGGAGAAGUCACGUGUCGUCAUGAGGAAUCCCGGAGAAAGGAGUUUCCACAUUUUCUAUCAGUUGAUAGAAGGCGCCAGCGGAGAGCAGAAGGGCAGCCUGGGAAUCACAAGCCUGGAUUACUACACUUACCUCAACCAGUCUGGCUCCUACAAAGUGGACGACAUCAACGACAAGAGUGACUUCCAGGAGACAAUGCAUGCCAUGGAUGUGAUCGGCAUCUCGCGGGAAAACAGAUCCAUGGUGCUUCAGAUUGUGGCCGGAGUCCUGCACCUGGGGAACAUCACAUUCAAGGAAUCGGGCAACUAUGCUGCUGUGGAGAGUGAAGAAUUUUUAGCGUUCCCUGCGUUUCUGCUCGGAAUCGACCAGAAUCGUCUGAAAGAUAAGCUGACGAGCAGAACGAUGGACAGCAAGUGGGGCAGCACCAAGGAGUCUAUCGACGUCACCCUGAACGUGGAGCAGGCAUGCUACACGCGAGACGCUCUCUCCAAGGCCUUGCAUUCACGCGUGUUUGACUUCCUUGUCGAGUCCAUUAACAAAGCCAUGGUGAAGAAUCACCAGGAGUUAAAUAUUGGAGUGUUGGACAUUUAUGGAUUUGAAAUUUUCCAAAAAAAUGGCUUUGAACAGUUCUGCAUCAACUUUGUGAACGAGAAGCUCCAGCAGAUCUUCAUUGAGCUGACGCUAAAGGCAGAGCAGGAGGAGUAUGUGCAGGAAGGCAUCAAGUGGACGCCUAUUGAUUACUUCAACAACAAGAUUGUGUGCGAUCUCAUUGAGAGCAAGACUCCUCCGGGCAUCAUGUGCAUUCUGGAUGACGUGUGUGCCACCAUGCACGCCGUGGGUGAAGGAGCUGACCAGACCAUGCUGCAGAAGCUCAGAGUCCAGAUCAACACGCAUGAGCAUUUCAACAGCUGGAACCAGGGCUUCAUCAUCCACCACUAUGCUGGCAAGGUGUCCUACGACGCAGACGGUUUCUGUGAGAGGAACCGGGACGUCCUUUUCACUGACCUCAUUGAGCUGAUGCAGAGCAGCGAGAUCGGCUUCAUCAGAGCACUGUUUCCAGAAAACCUCAGUGCUGAAAAGAAGGGUCGGCCCACUACUGCAGGCAGCAAAAUAAAGAAACAAGCCAACGAUCUGGUGAGCACGCUGAUGAAAUGCACUCCUCACUACAUCCGCUGCAUCAAACCAAAUGAGACCAAGAAGCCCAAAGACUGGGACGAGGGGCGAGUGAAGCACCAGGUGGAGUAUCUGGGCCUGAAGGAGAACAUCAGGGUGAGGCGUGCUGGUUACGCUUACCGUAGAAUCUUCAGGAAGUUCCUCAACAGGUACGCCAUCCUGACCAUAGAGUCCUGGCCGACAUGGCGGGGAGAUGAGAAACAAGGUGUCCUCCACCUCUUACGGUCAGUCAACAUGGACCAAGAUCAGUUCCAGCUUGGCAAAACCAAGAUCUUCGUCAAAGCCCCCGAGUCGCUUUUCCUCCUAGAAGAGACACGAGAGCGGAAGUUCGAUGGCUACGCAAGGACCAUCCAGAAGGCCUGGAGGAAAUAUCUUGCUCGUAAGAAGUAUGUUCAGAUGAGGGAAGAAGCUUCUGAUUUGCUGCUGAACCGAAAAGAGAGGCGGCGACACAGCCUGAACAGAAACUUUGUAGGCGACUACCUGGGUAUGGAUGACAGACCGGAGCUUCGACAGUUUUUGGGCAAAAGAGAAAAAAUCGACUUUGCUGACAAGGUCACCAAAUAUGACCGCCGGUUCAAGGGAAUUAAGAGGGACUUGAUAUUGACUCCUAAAUCUGUGUACAUGAUUGGAAGAGAGAAGGUGAAACAAGGUCCGGACAAAGGUCAGGUGAUGGAGGUGGUGAAAAGGAAGAUCGAUGUGGAGAAACUCUCGGCCGUAUCGCUCAGCACGCUGCAGGAUGACUUCAUGAUCCUGCACGAGCAGGAGUAUGACAGCCUGCUGGAGUGUGUCUUUAAAACGGAGUUCGUCAGCCUGCUGAGCCAAAGGUUCGAGGAGAAAACCCAAAGGAAGCUUCCACUCAAGUUUAGCAACACACUGGAGAUGAAGCUGAAGAAGGAGAACUGGGGGUUCCUGAGCGGAGGCAGCUCCAGGCAGUUGGUUUUCGUGCAUGGUCAGGGAGACGUGGCCGUGCUGAAGCCUUCCAGCAAAUCUCUGCAGGUCAGCGUUGGACCGGGGCUUCCCAAGAAUACCCGUCCAACCAGGAAGAGCUUCGGCCAGAGUCGCUCCAACGUGUCCAAAUCCCGCCAGAACACGCCGUCGCGAACAGCACCGGGACCUCCAGUCGCUCACCAGAACGGCAGCCUGAAAAACAACAAUCGCGUCGCUAAUCAAAGGAACUCGCAGCAUCAUAGCCAGCGACAACGUCCACCGCCCAACAACUCCACACACACCUCUCUGCCCAACAACAACUACCAGGUGAAGGAGCGAGGAGGAGGAAGGAGAGAAGGAGGAGGAGGCACCCGGAAACAGUCAAACUUGGACUGUCUGAAAGUCCCUGAGCAGGGAGUUGCAGGGAAUCACCGAACAUCGGCCAACCGGCCUACACCAGGAGGAGGACGGCCCAAACCAGCACCUAAACCAAAACCCCAGUUGCCCCAGUGCAAAGCUCUGUACGUCUACGACGCUCAGGACACAGACGAGCUCAGCUUCAACCCUGAGGACAUCAUAGAUAUCAUCAAAGAGGAUGCAUCUGGAUGGUGGACGGGACGACUGCGCGGGAAAGAGGGACUUUUCCCCAACAACUAUGUCACCAAGAUCUAGGAGGGGAUGGGUUUCCAUACAAUGAGAUGGACCAGUAGUGUCCCUGCUGGUUGUCUCAAAGGGACGGGACAGAGCCCACAGCUAGAGGAACACUGUGAGACUCUUCUUCUACUACUGUCUUCUACCAAAUGAAUGUAACAGUCAGUUACACCAUCAGACCAAACGACCGUCGGACUUGAAAUGAGGCUGAAGACCAGAAGACUGUUGGGUCCAUUUCCCUCUACGGCCCCUUUGAGUUCUGAACAAACUAUUUAUUGUAUUUAUAGACUUCUUUAUUCUACUUUUACUCACUUCAUUAUAUUUUGCCGAGGAUUGAAAUGAAAUCUGCUAAAUCUCUGGGACCAGGAUGUGAUUUUAUUACUUAAUACUUUUAAAAUCUCAACAUAUUUCUUUAAGGUGACUGUUGACGCAAACGCAUCAGUGGAAAAAAAAAAAAUCAACAUCUAUUUUACCGGGAAUAUAUUUAUUUUUAUGGAAAACGGUAAUUUUAGGAACUCAGUGAAUAUCAGUAGAAGAAAGACCAAAGUCCGUCAGAAGACACUGCAUGGGGGAAUCACCUGGAAAAGCUCCUCCUUCUGUAAUUUGUUGUGUCUGUGCUUUUUGAUGACACCAGUAUAUUUUAGAUGAUGGUAAACUGUAACCUGAGCAUGCUGUUGGUGGUGUGUUAGCACUUUAUUGGUACUGGUACUACCUUGGACACGGACACCAUCGCUCAUUCACAGCCAGAAAGUCUAUGAAGGACAGGCAGUCAGCCUAGUUAGAGAUGAAUUUGUUUACAUGAAGUCAUGACAAACGGGCAUUUUUAGACCUGAUUCUGUAUAUCUGCUCAUAUGUAGGAAAAUGCCUGUUGUUCUGGAACUUAAAUUAAUAUUUUUUAUCAUCAGAAGUGUAUUACUAUAAUUUGUUUUCUCCCCUCAACCCUUAAAACCCACAUGGCUGCUUAAUUUCCAGUUUGCAUGCAGCCGGGUAAUGUUAAUCACUAAUUAAGGUGAAUUGAUAUUUUUUUUUAAUUGCGAAUGUUUUUAUGGGAAAUUUAUUGUUUUUUUUUUAUGUGGCACAAUUCCUUUUGCUUCUGGUCUCUGCACAUUUUGCUUUGCUUUUGCAGAACCUGACCAUUUCUUAGUCACAUGACCACGUUAGCGGGAAAAACCGCUGGGACUUCUGCCAUCGACGUGCAUCAAAGAGUUUGGACUUGGAUUGUUGAUCAUUUCCUUGUGCAAUUCAUACCAGUAGAUGAGUAUUUUAAUAAAAGCGUGUAAAUUACAUCA